CAAGACCCGCGGCGCACCACAAACAUUCUGGCGCGUGUGCGUGUGUGGUGCUGUCCCGCCGUGAUUUAGUCUACGAUCUGUGAGAUAACCGCCCCUCCACGCGGCAGAGCAUGGUAUAUACUCUGUCGGGUCUAGAGCUCUGCUGGUAGACCUGCCGUCAGCUCCUGACAAAAAGGUGGAUUCUAAGAACUGGACAACCAUGAGGACACUGACAGCCGUAUUGACUCUGACUAUCUGCCUCUUCACGCUCCUGCUGGUGGUCGGCUGGAUCGGUCAAGAGAAAGAAGUCUACGACAAGCUCCUCCUCUAUCAGAGACAACUGCAGGGCUACAACGAUCACUGUCUCAGAACAACAGAGUCCCCGGAGAGGAUCGAACACAAGACAUGUCCACUUGGCUUCGUGUCCCUCCGUGGCAAGUGCUCAGAGUGUCCACACGGAAUGUUCAGUCUGCCUCGGUGGACCUCCUGUGUCAAAUUCCUGACGUGUGAAGAUCUUAUGACAGACGUUCGACCGACACGGCUCCUCUGGCAGACCGAAAGGUGGAGGUACGUUGCUGCCGAGUGGAACAGUUUCCGUGUCGUUUACUCUCAGAGAAUCCAGAAUGAUGAAUAUGAAUCAGACAAUUCUGAAAGUUACACCGAGUCGGCUUGGAAGACAGCAACUCAACUCGCACCCCAUCAGAACAUACUGUACCCCGUGGGCUCAUGUCCGCAUACAAACACUCUAAUUUACAGUGUGACAGAAGACGUAUACCCACUGACCCAGCUAGAGACACUGCUAAAGAGAAACGACUGCAACAAUUGGAUGGUGAGGUUCAAGCUAGCAAUGGACUACGUCCGUCUGUUGAACUAUCUCCACCUCCACCCAUUGGGGCCCUUUGUACUCUGUAGCAGUGACUCUCUGGAUACUUUGCUCUCGCAGUUUGCCAUCUCGCAACACUUUGAGCUCCUCUUGGCCAACUUUGACAACUUACCCAGAGGUCACGACCCUGUGGUGUGCAGUCGCAGAGAGCUGAGAGGGGAUUUUGUGGCUCCGGAACAGGCCUGGCCGUUCAGUCAGUACAGAAUGUUCAACCCUGACGAACAGCCUGGGUAUUUUCACACCAGCGACCUUUGGAAGGUCCCAGACGUAACGAAAUGGUUUCUGGGUAACUCCAGAGAUGCCAGAAACAUUCUCAACUACCUGGCAGGGAUCCACCACAGGUGUAAGAGCUCCGACUAUAGUCUGAGACCGCCGGCAAAGGAGAUACUGACAGAGUACGAGAGCAUAUGGAGUGCUCUUGUUGAAGCUGGUUCUCUGGACUACGCCAUUUUUUAAAUUUGACACAAUAGGUACACUGGACCCUUCUGCUGGGAUUGAAGGAGGGGUUUCUUCGCUAGCCGGUCAAUAACAGCAUCAUUUUCAAAGCAGAUGUACAUACGUAGCUGUCAUUUUUUAAAAUUUUUCAAUGCAGAAGCUGGUUGCUGUCAAUUUUUAUUGUUCAGAUCAUGAUAGAGACUCAAGUCUGUAACAAGAACUUCAAUUCAAUGUGUACUUGGGCAGGGUAUAUACUAGGUUCUGCAUUGACAUCUUUGAUCUAAAGAAAGUUAUUCUCCCA